AACUAAACACAACAGAAGAGGCGUCACUGGGGACGGGGAGGGGGCCUACAGAUGAGCGUUACAUAAAAUGAGACAAACCCACACUGAUCCGUGUCUGAUCUGCGUCUGGACUGCUGGAACAAAGUGUGCGCAGCUUUUAUCUGAAGGCAGACUGUGAAGAAAAAUGGCAACCUCUUUGCUGAGAAUAGGAUCCCUAACCCAUUUCAAGUGUUUGCAUGCAGGGAGCUUGAUCACACUGAGCAGAACACCUGCAGCUGGAGCUUUUAGCACAAAAUCUGGAGGAUCUAAAAAGUCCAACUCCAAAAAGAUGAACACAGACAAAAAACAGCCAAAAACAUACUGUGAUGCAGAAAAACUUAUUCAGCACAAGUCAUAUGAGUUUCCCAAGAAGGAAGUUUCUUCUGCAGUCACUGCUGCUGCAGCAGUAAACACUGCUGUUGGAUCUACACCAGUACCAGAGUCCAGACCCAAUGCUGCUGCAGUUGCGACUGUAGCAACUACUUCUGACAUGAAGACCCCCGCCUCAGUUCUGGAAGCCACUACCCACUCAAUUCUUGAAGCCACUGUUGAUAAGCCUGUUUUAGUUGCUGAAGCAAUUCCUGCAGUUAAAUCAGAUUCAGAAUCUGCUGUAGCAGGGGAGGACACCUCUGAAGCUGAAGUUAUUGCAAAAUUUCAACCACUUCAGUCCUCUGAGCCAGUUGUUGAAGUUGCACCUGUUGCUGAAGCUAUGUUAGUGAUUGAAGCUGUCUCCAAGUUUGCUGCAGUGGUCAAAGAUGUUGGUGGUCCUUCUGUUGAAGCAUCUUCCUCUACAACUGACAUUACAGCUUCUGAAGUUCUUGAUGAAGCUGUUCCAGAACCUCUUCAAGAAAAAAACUCUUUUAAGGAUGUCCCGAAAAACAUUGUGGAACCUGAGCUUACAGGGAUAGGCCUCAAGUACAUGGCUGAAGCUGCUCCUUUGGAGGAGGCUCCGGAGCCCAAGACCAAAGUUGCGCCAACUGAAGCUGCUCCAGAAACAACAGAUAAAAGUGCCCCUAUAGAUCUGACACCAGAGCUAGUGGCUGUAGCUGUUCCUGUAGAGCCAAGUUUUGAGUCUAUGGUUGAAGCUGCCCCACAGCUUGUGGCUAAACUUGCUUCCCCAGAGGUAAUUCCUGAGCCUGUGUCUGAUGCUGCACCUGUAGAGCCAACCUUCGAGUCCAUGGUUGAAACUUCCCUAAAGCCCUUAUCAGAAGCUGCUCCUCUUGAGGCAGUCUGUGAAUCUGUGGUUGAAGCUUCCCCUGUAGAGUUGACCUUGGAACCCAUGGUUGAAGCAGCCACAGAUUCUGUAGCUGAAAUCACUUUUAUCGAGGUGACUCCAGAGCCCAUGGAUGAAGCUGCACCUAUUGAGGCAGUCACAGAGUCUUUGGCAGAAGCUUCUGAGACAGAAACUGAAGUUUCUACCACUAAGGAGAGCUUCAUGGAAGUGGUCAAUCCCGCCCCAGUCUUUGCUGAAGCUGCAGGAGAAGAGAUGGAGGCCGCUGCUGAAUCAAUUGAACCAUCUGAGG